AUGGGAGUUACGGGCCUUUGGACAGUGGUUGCGCCGACGGCCCGACCUACUCAACUUGCUUCGCUAAACCGUAGACGACUUGCCGUCGAUGCCUCGAUUUGGAUAUACCAAUUUCUCAAAGCUGUGCGCGACAAAGAAGGAAAUGCUCUCCGCAACUCCCAUGUUGUCGGGUUCUUUCGUCGUAUAUGCAAGCUUUUGUACUUUGGAAUCAAGCCUGUCUUUGUGUUCGAUGGAGGCGCACCACUAUUGAAAAGGGAGACUGUUCGAGGAAGGGCAAGAAGGAGAGAAGGUAGGAGGGAAGAUGCUGUGCGGACAGCUGGAAAGCUUUUGGGAAUGCAGAUGCAGAGGGCUGCUGAGGAGGAAGAAAAGACGAGAAGAGCUGAGAGGGACAGGACAUCGGACGAGGAAGAAUUGCCACCAGAAGAAGAAAUGGUGUAUGUUGAUGAAUUGGGGAUGACCAGCAAGGAGCGUCACCAGAACCGGCUGUUCAAAAAGAAAGAUCAAUACCAUCUGCCAGCUUUGGAUGUGAGUAUCGAAUCUCUGGGGGCGCCUAACGAUCCAAGAAUCAUGAGUCAAGCAGAGUUGGAGGAGUAUGCUAGGCAGUUUCACAGUGGGGAAGAUAUCAACGUCUACGACUUCAGCAAAAUCGAUUUCGAAAGUCCAUUCUUUUUGAGCUUGCCGGCAAGCGAUCGAUACAACAUUCUUAAUGCGGCGAGGUUGAGGAGUCGGCUUCGCAUGGGAUAUUCGAAAGAGCAGCUUGAUGACAUGUUUCCGGACAGGAUGGCUUUCUCGCGGUUUCAGAUUGAACGAGUUCGAGAAAGGAACGAGCUGACCCAACGAUUGAUGCAUGUGAAUGGAAUGGCUGAGGAUUUCCUUGAUCAAGGUGGAAGGAUUGCCGGCGAGAAGGGGAAAGAAUACGUGCUUGUGAAAAAUGAAGGGGUUGAAGGUGGUUGGGCAUUGGGUGUGGUCUCGAACAAAGGGGGCCAGGAAGCCAAUGCGAUCAACGUGGAUGAGGAGGCGAAGGAUGAGAGCGAUGUGGAUCAAGAUGACGAGGAAGACUUCGAGGAUGUCGCGAUUGAAGGACUCAACAGGCUUCCAAAGAGGUGGGCCAGGAAGAGGACAGAAGUUGAUUAUAAUCCAGAUUAUAAAGACGCAGCCGAAGAAAUCGCACAGAAACGACGAUCAAUAUACGAAGCCCGGCAAAAGGCAGCCGAAAGACGGCCGGUGCAACCACAUCCGUACGCUCAACCUGAAAAUGAAGAACUGUUUGUUGGACAAGAUAAUCCCAAUAAGUCAGACGAGGACGUAGACGAUCUGUUUGAAGACGUGGACAUGGAACAAGGUGAAGACGACGAUGACUUGCAACGAGCUAUUCAAAUGUCAUUGCAUAAAUCUGACCACGAUGCUUCAGCGUUUGGUGAUGCGCAGACUGACUUGUUCACCGCAGAAAAUCGAAAAAAUGGUCGCGUCGUUGUUAAGAAUGUCAACCAGCGAGCUCAUCAAAAUAUGAAUGGAGUUCAGCUGGCCAACGGUGAUGAGGAGGACGAGGACGGUUGGUUUGACCUACAAGCAGCCUUGACUGAGUCGAGAAAAUCUAAGCAUCAGUCGAGAAGCCGUGCAGGUUUCAAAUCCCCACCCUCUGUUACGCCCAGAGAGAAGACAUUUAACGGGCCACUGCCAUUCGAAUCGUUGAACUUGGGGCAAUCCCUGCUGGGUAAGAAGAAAGCCGAGAAAAUCGCGCAGGAUCAGGCAGGAGGAUUCGACAAGGAUAGUGAUCGCCAGAAUAUCAAGUCUGUGCCAUUGCCUUCCUGGUUCGACGCGAAAGAUUGGACUAAUGCUGUUGAGCGAGGUGCUGAGCUGGACACAGAUGAUAAUGAUUAUCAUGCUACUUUUGGCCUGGAGGACAUUGACAAGCGGGAAGCUUUGAUGCGUCACGACACACUGGAUUUUAUUGAUGUUGAUGAGCCUUCGCAGUCGAAAAUAACAGAUCAGAUCGUGGUCGAGCUGUCCGACGAUGAGGAGGUGGUAAGGGAUGUCGACACGAGUGACGAAGCGCUUGAACAAAAGCGACAGAAAUCACAAGAGCCACCAGACCCUAUGAACGAUGAAAGUCCAACCCUUGCCCAUGAGUCUUAUCAAGAACAACCAACGUCACCCGGCUUGCUGAUGGACGAUGUAGCGGACAUCGCACAAGCUCGUCCUCCAAUAAUCAGCGUCCCUGAUCACCUUCCUGAGGCUCCGGCUGACAAGGACUCGAAUUUACCUGUUGAUUCAGUCAUUGAAGAGCAGGUUGAGUGGAGAAAGUCAGACGAGGAAAAUGAUGGCGCGGCCAAAGUAUUGGAUCAGGAGUCACAAGGCCCAGACACGAGAAGCACGACAUCGGAGGUUGAGCAGAGUUUUGGAAGUGGGAUGCAAGAAGUGGAAGAGGUCGGGGACGAUUUUGAGGAUGUGGAACUUUCCACACGACCAACUUUGCUGCGAGAGGAAACCAGCGGCUUGAACGCCGCGGAUAUCUCUCUGGCAAACCAAUUUAUAAUAGCAGAAGACGGACAAGAUCUUGUUCAGGCCAAUGCAGCAGGGGACCAAGAAGAGCAUUUCUCAGAGUCCGACGAGGAGCUAAUGCGCCAGAUGGUCAUCGAAGCAGAAGAACAUGCCCGAUUCGCUUCCACUUUGAACAACACUCGCACUCCUGCGGAUGCAGCUCGUGACUACGAGAAAGAAUUGAAACAGCUCCGAAAUCAGCAGAAAAAGGACAGACGUGAUGCUGACGAGGUAACUCAAGUAAUGGUUCAAGAAUGUCAAGCUCUUCUUCGUCUUUUUGGUCUUCCCUAUAUCACGGCGCCAAUGGAAGCAGAAGCACAAUGCGCAGAGCUUGUCAAUCUGGGCUUGGUUGAUGGAAUUGUGACUGAUGAUUCUGAUAUUUUCCUCUUUGGUGGUACGCGAGUCUACAAGAACAUGUUUAAUGCAGCCAAAUUUGUGGAGUGCUAUCUCACCACCGACCUCGAGAAGGAGUACGCUCUUGACCGCAGGAAGCUAAUUAGCUUUGCCCACCUCCUUGGUAGCGAUUACACUGAGGGUAUCCCAGGAAUCGGGCCUGUGACAGCCCUCGAGAUCCUGACGGAUUUUGACACCCUCGAAGAAUUCCGCGACUGGUCCGCUAAGAUUCAAAUGGGCCAGCUGGACGGUAAUAUCACCACGCCAUUCCGCAAGAAGUUCAGGAAACAAGCACAGAAGACGUUCCUCCCUCCCGCUUUCCCCGACACCAGAGUGGAUCAUGCAUACCUCCAUCCCGAAGUUGACUCAGACCCCUCUGGUUUUGAAUGGGGUGUGCCUGACCUGGACGCUCUGAGAGCCUAUUUGAUGGCGACUAUUGGCUGGAGUCAAGAGCGAACGGACGAGGUACUUGUUCCAGUCAUUCGAGAUAUGAACAAGCGUGGGGUGGAAGGGACACAGGCGAAUAUCACAAGGUUCUUUGGUGGCGGCGUUGGUUUGGGUGGGAAAGAAGCAGGCGCACCAAGAAAUAGGGGCGUGAAGAGUGGGAGGAUGGAAAAGGCAUUCGGGCGACUGAAGAAUGUAGCAGAGAAGAAGCGUUCUGAUGUUGUUCAGAUCGAGGCAGCUGACCUGAAUGAAGAUCUCCAUCUUGAGGCUGCCACAGCUAACGGGGGAAGGCGGCUUAGAGCCAAGAAGAAUUCUAAAGACAAGAAUAGUGCAAUGCUCGCCGAGGAUGGUGUUUCUGGUGAUGAGAGUGAUCCUGGCAUAGAGAAUGUUGCUAAGAAGAAAAGGAGGAAAAGGAAGCGCGUCGAUUGA